AUGGAAGGACGAUACUAUCUACUUAUCAUAGAAGCCUACUCCAAAUGGCCGGAAAUCGUCCAGAUGCCAUCGAUCUCCUCAACGGCUACUAUCCAAACGAUGAAGUGCAUCUUUGCCAAUUUCGGAAAUCCAGAGACGCUCGUCACGGACAACGGAACGCAGUUCACGUCGUCUCAGUUCACUUCAUUAUGUCGUUCCCGAGGAAUCUUGCACAUUCGCACGCCCCUGUCCCAUCCACAAAGCAACGGACAAGCAGAACGUUUUGUGGACACCUUCAAAAGAGGAUUUGCUAAGCUGAAUGAGGAGGAACCAACAGUGGGCGCACUACAGACGUUUCUGAUGUUAUAUCGCUCCACUCCCUGCUCGUCUACACCUGACCAACGUUCACCUGCCGAAGCCUUCCUGGGACGCCGACUGCGAACGGAACUCGAUCUAAUGUUACCUUCUAGAGAUGUUACAAACAGUAAACGAGAUCUCAAAAUAGAUCUCAAUCGCCGAAAUUGA